AUGAGACUUCUAUCGACAAAGACAACAAAACUCGAGGUCUUUCAUCUCGAAAAUGCUCCACCUUACGCAGUGCUAUCUCAUCUUUGGGAGCAUGACGAGGUUCUAUUCCAAGAUAUGGGAGACUUGUCCAGAGCGGCUCGGAGAGGUGGCUUCCUAAAGAUACAAUUGGCAUGUGCUGCGGCUGAAAGACAAGGACUCGGGCAUAUCUGGAUCGAUACCUGCUGCGUAGACAAGGAUAGCGAAGCUGAGCGGAACGAAGCAGUCGAGUUCAGCUUUCGCAUCUUCAAAUCAGCGGCAGUAUGCAUUGCCUACCUGUCUGACGUUAGAUCAGAGAGUGCUAUGCUGGCUGAGUAUACUUCUGUAGCUGACCCUUUUCUGGACAACAACCUGGAGGGCAAAUUUCGACAUACAUUCAAACGUAGUCGAUGGUUCACGCGAUCCUGGACACUGCCGGAACUUGUCGCUCCACCGGGCCUUCUAUUCUAUUCCCAUGGAUGGGAACUAAUCGGCACACGAUCGCAGCUCCGGGAGCAUCUGUUCGAUAUUACUGGUGUUGACACUUUCGUUCUCCAAGGUGGUGAUCUCGCGAAGGUAUCUGUGGCCAGGAAGAUGUUCUGGGCCACAAGCCGAAAUGCAUAUCGACUCGAGGACAUUGCAUACUCUCUGGCGGGAUUAUUCGGCGUCGAGAUGAUUCCAAUCUAUGGCGAGGGCAACGUAAGAGCAUUCUUACGUUUGCAAGAACAUAUUGCGAAGACCGUCCCAGACCCCACGCUGUUUGCCUGGAGAGAAGAUUGGGUUCGGAAGACCUCGAGGUGGAAUAAUUUCCCAGAUCUUGUCGACUCACCCAACCUCUGGGCCUAUUUUGCAACCAGUCCAGGUGCUUUUAGCCACUGUGGAAGGAUGUUUCCCGCCAUGUUGGCCAUUGACGAUGCCGAUCCCGAUCGGAGAAACUUCGACGAUGAUGACUACUCAGCAUGGGAAACUAGCUCUGUUGUAUCCUUUGACUCGUCAGCAACCACGUUGAUUGAGGGGCCAACUUCAAAACCUGUCACAUUGGGCCUGAGCAACGCCAUCACAUUUUUUUCGGAGAAUGACACGUUAUGUACACUGCUUGGUUCGGCUGUGAGAAAGCCUGAAAUAGGAUCCGAUAGGCUUCGGAGGAAUUUUACCCGGGUUUUACGAUCAUUGGGGCUAGAGUUGGCGAUAGAAGCCGCGUCCAAAGACGAAGCUCUAUCAGCCGUAUUUUUCCGUGUAUAUCGGGUGGCAAUCGCAUCAGGGGUCACAUCGAGAAUCGUUGUGAAGACCCUCGAGCCCAUCGCCUUCGAUCAGCCGAGAACUAAAGCGCCGGAAUCUAUUUCAGGCACUUUAUCUGAGGAUCCUCACCCAAAUGAAGUCGUGCAGGUCGAGCAGGAAGACGACAACCUAGAUCAUGAAGAAGAUGGAUAUAUCUCCGAGGAGAAAGAGAAGGAGGAACAAACGAAUGAGUUGAACUUUGAGUCUAUCCGGGCUUUUGUUCUCACCAGCGGGGCAUUCGAAAACAUGAAGAGAAGACUCACCGACUUUGUCAACCCCACCUUCCGUACUCAGGCCCAGAAGCUCGUUGCGAAGGUCCUCGAAGGCAAAGACACAUUGGAUGACCAGUAUUGGGUUGGCAUGAAGGACAAGAUGCAAGCCAUCCUAACAGAGCUGGAAGAGUCGUGUCCUCAAAGCGUUGUGCUGGACACCACAACCACCCCCAAGAGGCUCGAUUUAUUCCAAAUAUGGGUGGAAACUUUGACAAAGGAAAUUUGGGAUUGGUGGCCUAUGUCGCCGCCCAAGCAUGCUUUGAGCUCGACUGAGAUGCGACUUGGAUGGCGCUGUAGGUGCGGCAUGUCAAGAUGGGAAACCGUUCCAGCUUCAUUUGCGGGUAGCAUCACAAUGUUGCUGCAAAGGUAUCCUCUCGCAAGCGGAAACCAUACAGCCUUAGCAAGCGUCCCAGCACUAGACGCUCUGCCGACGUCUUCGAAAAUCGAUGAGGCGUCAUCGCUGGGGACAAGAUCUAUCAAGACCUCCAGCGUCAGCGAAUCACCAAAGUUGCCCGACCCAGCGUCCUCGCCUGUUCAGGAGAAUCAGACUGGUCAGAAGCGUGAAUAUCCCCGGCCGAGGUACAUCUUUUUGCUCGCGACUACGGGUCGGCAUCGGCUUAGGCAACUACCCUCGCUCUACUUAGACACCGUGGAUUUUGGACAAGAAUUGCGAAAAGCGUAUCGCGAGCUGAAAGGCUUCUGGAGGAGGUGGUUUUCGCCUUACAAAUUCUCUCAUUGCGAGUUUGUGCGUUUCGAAAAGUUCUGCCGCAACGGCUUCGCCCACCGCGGCCUCGAAGUUCCAAAUACAUCCCAAAAGGACUACUACUACAACCCGCGUCCCGCCCUUCGCGAACCCCCGAUCUCUCCCGAAGAGUUCAGCCACGUCUUCCACUACACAGCCAAGAGCGAGGCCGUCAUUUGGAAAUCGCUCGGCCUGCCGUUCUAUGAUAUAGUGGAGGCGCUGAGCGACGAUACCGUCGGAUGCAUACCGCAACGGUACCACUACCUCGACGAGCGGAGCAAUCGCAAAGAGGACUUUUGGGGCCUGUAUAUCAGAGAACGGCGGUCUGCGCUGAUGACGUCGGUGUAUAUCCUGCUAUGCCUCUCGCCUUUUUUUGCGUUUUGCUUUUUGUACUUGUUUGGAGUUAUUUCGGGGGAUAUACAGAAUGCGACGACGCCGCUUGCGUUGGCGUUGACGGCUCUUGGGUUGUUUUUGGGGUCUAUGGUUAAGUCUUAG